AUGUUCAUCGUGGCACUGUUUGCAAUGGCCAAGAUUGCACAUCCGGCCCAGAAUGUCUCAGCAGAAGCAGAAGCAGUGUGCUCCCCCACAGCUGUGCUGCCCCCCACCAAAGCAGUGCUGCCCCCCACCCCAGCCAUGCUGCCCCCCACCCCAGCCGUGCUGCCCCCCACCAAAGCAGUGCUGCCCCCCACCGAAGCAGUACUGCCCCCCACCCCAGCCAUGCUGCCCCCCGCCCCAGCCAUGCUGCCCCCCACCAAAGCAGUGCUGCCCCCCACCGAAGCAGUACUGCCCCCCACCCCAGCCAUGCUGCCCCCCGCCCCAGCCAUGCUGCCCCCCACCAAAGCAGUGCUGCCCCCCACCGAAGCAGUACUGCCCCCCACCGAAGCAGUGCUGCCCCCCGCCCCAGCCGUGCUGCCCCCCGCCCCAGCCAUGCUGCCCCCCACCAAAGCAGUGCUGCCCCCCACCGAAGCAGUGCUGCCCCCCACCAAAGCAGUGCUGCCCCCCACCAAAGCAGUGCUGAGCCCCGCCUCAGCAGACCCAGGAGCCUUGCCAGCCUCUACCCAAGUGCAAGGAGUCCUAUGCCCCCAAGUGCCAAUAGAAGCACUCACCCCUUCAGCAGUGCCAGAAGUCCAAUAA